AUGGGGUGGUAUAAAGUCCUCGGAAUGGAUAUGCUCAUCAGGUUCUCAACGUUGAUGAGGGACCUGGGCGUUGCUAUGUUGCCAGACAGCUUUGUUUCGGAAAUUGCUUACAACUGGCCAGGCGCAGCAUCCAGCUCCACACUGGGCAGCCUUUACCCAUCGUGCGCCGUUACAGAUUGCCACGGCGCCAAAGUCGUCGGUGCAGUCGUAAGUGCUGCUACCGCUGCAGGGGCCCCCGAUGGUUGCGGUUCCAUGAGCAGAGGCGAGAAGUGUGGUAACGACGGUAAAGAUAUUCUGGAACUUGCUGAGGAUAUUGAUGAUGCGAUAAUUUGGGCUCGGAUUGUGCUGGUGUUGGUUACGAGUGCUCGUACAAUUCUCAUGAGGCAACACAUUGUUGGACAGAAUCAUAGCCACUCUUGGCUCCAUGCAAAACCGCAGCUAUCCAAUGAACUUGUGCCGGAUACCCCGGGUAGAGCCUGGUAUGCCAUGAUUGAUUUGCCAGCUAUGCGCAAGAGUACGCUGGCUCAGAAGAAGCCAUCGGGAGCUACCAAGCAUAAUAGCUUUUGA